UGUUAUAUCAUGUGCAAGGCCAGGAAAACACUAACAGAAAUUUAUUGCACACUUCAAGAUGAAAUGGAACAACAAAAAUAUCCAGUCUACUGUCUCGUGUUCUCAGUUUGGCCAGUAAAAGAAAAACAGGUUUAUAUAAACUGUUUAAAUGUGAAGAAGACUUUCUGCCUACUUGUUAUUUGUAAAUGCAAACAUCCGGCCUGCUCUACGGAGGACGUUUCCUGCUUCUUGUCAGUCGCCUUAACCUCAACUAACGAAACGCACGCAUGUUAUUCACACCUGUUUGUUGCUCUUUCUUUCUGUGAAAAUUCACUUGACUAUCUUUCUUCUAUCUUUGCAGUUCUGAACUCAUUGCUGACUUGUUCAACAAAGCAAGCACGUCUGACUGUGAGUCCCAGCAGCUCUCAGCUGUUUAAAGAUGAGUUUGUGUCUCUGAGCUGUGAGGAGGACGACAGCUCUGCUGGAUGGACUCUGAAGAGAACCACAAGCAGACAGCAGAACACUCAGUGUGGAGAUGGGUGGGGGAAACCAGCUGGUUCUAACUGUGACAUCAGCUACAUUGACCCACUUGAAAGUGGGGUUUACUGGUGUGAGUCCAGAGAGGGUUCCAUCAGUAACAUGGUUAACCUGACAGUCACUGGUGGAUCAGUGAUCCUGCAGAGUCCUGUCCUCCCUGUGAUGGAGGGAGAUGACGUCACUCUGCUCUGUAAAACAAAGACCACUCCCUCCAACCUCCCAGCUGCUUUCUAUAAAGAUGGCUCCCUCAUCAGGAAGCAGCCUACAGGUCACAUGACCAUCCAGCAUGUUUCCAGGUCUGAUGAAGGCCUCUACAAGUGUGACAUCAGCGGUCAUGGAGAGUCUCCAUCCAGCUGGAUCACUGUCACAGGUGACAGUGUCACUGUCACAGGUAAACCUCCACUAAUAUCUGGAGCUCCGCCCCUCGCAAUAUCCCUCCUGCAUUUUGAGGUUACUCUGAUGGGCUACCUGGUGUUUGUUGUUCUGUCCAUACAACAUCUCCACUCUCCUCAAAGUGAAUCUUUAACAUCACACAGCCAUGGAGGUAACUGAUCUGCCUGCCCCCAGAUGCUAACCAGAUCAACCAAUGGUGAGCAGGAUGUGGGCAAGGAGGUUGAUGAUGUCGCCUUAUGGCUUGUGAAUUUAAUCAAAGCUAUUUCCGUGUGUUUAUCAACUGUUUCCAUUUUGCUUUUGUUCUCUGAUCCAGUUCAUAAACUUUUCUGAUUAGAUUGUAUAUGAGUGUUUAUGCACCCAUCGUUGCUGUUCAUUGUUAGGUGAAAGGAUUUUGAAAAAGUCUUUGUAAAUCAUGAAUUGUAAAUAUUUAACCAAAUUCUGGGUACUUUGCAAUGGGGUGCGGUUUCAAUUAUCCAUUUUCUGAUUAAAAUCAAUUCUAGCUUGAGUAACUUGUUAUCGAUUCAUUAAAAUCCUGAAUCAAUUUUUAAAUAUAAAUGUAUUUUGCCAGAAUCUCAGGUUAAAGCUGUCAUUUCAAAAACAACCAAACUGCAAAAACAGUAAAUCAGAGCAGAUAAAUGGAUUCCACGCAAAGACAUAAACACAAAGCUGUUCUUUUUUUCCUUCACCUUCAUGUUUUUUUCUGUUUUAUCCUCAGUUACUUUGACACAAAGACAUCUGCUGUGAUGUUUACACCUCUGUUGAAGUCUCACAAGUGUCAGCUUUGAUUUUAUAGAUAUAAAAAUAUGGAUACGUACUGACUGAUUGGUGAUCAGAAAUAUAAUAUUUCUGACUGUCUGAGGCAAAAUUUCCCAGAUUCAAAUCAAAUCGAAUUGAGUUGUAAUCAGGGAUCAAAUCGAUUCGGGACCUUGUGAAUCGGAAUCGAAUCGAUUAUAGAAAUUAGAGACAAUACCCA